GCUGAUUCGUGUUUAUCGUUUCGCAGUACAUAUUUGGAAUGUUUUCCUUGUGCUCGCGUGUGGUGGAUUUUAAUUUUGGAUUUCACUAAAAAUCCGUGAAACAUUUCAGUAGUCUCUUGAUAAAUCGUACGAUCUGUCAUUCUGGGCGAAGAGCGAGAUUGUUUUUGCCAGUCCCCGAGAAUCAUCCGCACCAAACGUAUAUAAAAAGGGCCACAAGAUGUUCAUUGAUGGUUGAUUUUCAUCUCGGGCCGAUCUAUUCCCGUCGCGACACAAGGCAAACGCGCACACAACCCACGGUGCGACAAACACGCAAACGUUUCACGGUGCUCGUGCGUGAAUCCGCGAACAAUAGUGUCGCGAGAACAUCAGUUUUUUCGUUUCCCGACUGCCUCCACCCGAUCGGCGCGCUAUGGGACAGGAUGAGGAGGAUACCGCGUUCAGCGAGAAGAUUAUCAACGAGAUCGAUGCCGUCUUCAUGCGUGAUCCGGAUCUGGCCGGAUUUGAAAUUAUACCGAUGCCGCUGAAUCAAAACAAAUCUCCGGUGAUCCACGUAGAGCACAAUCUCGGAUUACAAUCCUGGUCGGUGGAGUGCGUGUACGCCUACACGCAUCGAUUGAUUUUGAAGUAUCGCAACGAGUGGCUAUCGUCGACUACGAUUCCCUUCGGCCUGGGGUCAGUCGCUUGGAAUGUGUCGGACAAGGGCAAACUAAGCAGUGUAGGGGGAGGAGGGGGAGCUGGUGUCGCGCCCGGCAGUAACACCAGCAACGGUUGCAAUGUGCCGAUCAUCAAGUACCUAAACUGUGCCAUUCUGAUCAAUCCGGAUGUGGCCACCUUUUGGAACCUGCGACGCCAGCUGUUUGCGAAGAACCGGCUGGACAUUGCGAAGGAGUUUCACUUCUCAACGCUCGUUCUAAGCAAAAAGCCCAAAUCGAACGAAGCGUUCGCCUACCGACGCUGGUUGUACCUGUUUCAGAGUUCCGAUGCGAUCGAUUGGGCGUUCGAGAUAAGCUUGUGUGAAAAAUGUGCCGACAAGAGCAAUACGAAUUACCAUGCCUGGUGCCACCGGCAGUGGGUGCUGAUGAAGGCGCCCAACCUGCUCAAGUACGAGGUGUACAGGACGGAAAAGUUUAUCCGCAAGCACAUCCACGACUACAGCUGCUACAACCACCGGCAGUUUGUGCUGACGAAGAUGUUCGAAAUGUGCUACUACGACGAGGAGGACGAUGGUUCCGAGGAGCUUCCGGAAGGUGGUCGUAGUCGCAGGUAUAACGCUCUCUGCGCACUGAUCGAAAUGCUGACCGGUGGCGGUGGUGGUGCCGUACCGUCGUCACCCACCAAUGACGAUACCACGGUGGUUGACAGUCUGCUACGCUACCUGCUACCUGCCAUUACCAAAGAGCACGAACUGAACCAACUCCGGGUGCGCACCUUCCUGUACUGCUUGAAUCUGGCCGCGUACGAUGUGCGCCUGUGCAGCGAGCUAAGCACCCUGCACAGCGUGUCCCAAGCGCUCGAAAACCAUCGCAAGUUUAUGGUAAAGUUUCUGAUCGAUCGGCUACGGGUUGGGUCGGGCUGGUUGCUGAACACGGCCGGCACCAUCUACGCCAAUCCGGGCGGAUGCCAACAACCACUGUCGAAGGUGACCCGGCUCGAUGAGGAUGCGAGCGAGCUGCUGCAAGCGCUGAAAGCACACGAACUGCGCCGAGCGGACGGUGACCCACGGCACGGGCAAUGGUGCAAGCUGUUUCUGGGCAUUGCACCGGAAUAAGCGUGGCAAGCAACACGCUUCGUUCAUGUUCCUAGUCAGUGCUGCUGCUGCUAUUUUUCUUUGUCCGUAUCGGCCAGCGCAACCGGUCGGUUCGGUACGUAUCGUUAUCCUUCCCUCAUUACGCUAUGUGAUAACGAUGUUAAGUUUUCGAUGAGAGUUUAUGAUGAGUUUGUUUUGUAAAUCACUGCACAAGAACGCGGUUCUUGCUGAAAUCCAUUUUUGCGCAAUCAUAUUUCUGGCGAGGGCUGGUGAGAGGGACUUGUGGUGGCUGUGUCCAUCAUCCUUCCCAACCUCGGUCGGUCGAGACGCUGCUUGUAAGCACAAGCAUUCGAUUUCUUAACGAGUAGUGAAUUUUAUCUAUUUAACAAUCAAUAAAUCAAAUUAUUUUUGAGAUACAAA